AUGCCAUCCUCACUCCCUUAUCACGAGCCCAAUAUUAAUACCCUCCUGAUAACUACGGGCUUCCUUCUAACUCUCAACCUCGGAAACUGGGCUCUCGAUCGUCUCGUCUUUUGCGGCCUUAUCGGACAAAUCUUCAUAGGCACCAUCCUAGGAACCCCACUACUCGCAUGGCUUCCACAAGACCUUGAAGCCUCCGCAGUUUUACUAGGUUAUCUAGGCCUUAUUAUUCUAGUCUACAAUGGCGGUCUUGGCACAUCUUUUAAACCCCUCUUGAGCAAUUUGCCGCUAUCGAUUGUGGUGGCGAUCACGGGGAUUGGUUUUCCAAUUGGCCUUUCGUUCCUACUAGGACCAAUUGCGAAUGCUAGUAGUCUACAAUGUUUUACAGCGGGAGCAGCAUUGUCCGCUACAUCUCUUGGUACGACGUUUACAAUUUUGUCAACAGCCGGAUUUGCAGGAACCCGACUGGGUGUGGUACUCACCUCUGCCGCAAUGAUGGAUGAUGUGGUUGGACUGGUAAUGGUGCAAGUUGUUAGUAGUUUGGGAGGAGGAGGUGGAGUAAAUAUUACUUCUAUCGUUCGACCUGUUGGUGCUAGUUUCGGGAUGAUAUUAGGAGCUAUCGUCAUGGGGUGGAUGUGCCGCAGGUUAUUCGGAGGUCUGAAACUACUCCACUGGUUCGAUAGCAAAGGGGUUAUAUGGGGUCUGCAGACCGGUGUAUUGGUGACAUGUGUCGUUGUGGCGGGAUACUCAGGUGCAUCAGUGUUAUUUGGAGCCUUCAUUGCUGGCGCUCUGGUUACUUGGUGGGAUGAGGCCCAAGACGGUGCUAAAGAAGCCAGUGAGAGAAGCGAAGAGACAGCCGGAGCUGCAAUAUACGAUGCUUAUUUCUCGUCAUCAGUGGAAAGGAUUCUUAUUCCAUUCUUUUUUGCUUCUAUCGGGUUCAGUAUCCCUAUCAAGUCCUUAUUUAGGCGAGAGAUUAUCUGGAGAGGAAUUGUAUAUUCCAUUCUUAUGUUCGUCGCCAAAUUGGUGACAGGCGUUUGGAUUCUACUCGUCGACUUACCCUUCAAAACAAGUAAACUGCUCUCUUUUUGGACGAAAGAGGCUGGAAAGUACGAGCCGAGCGAGCAAAAUAAUAAGAAGGAGAUAUCCAAGCAGCAGAAAGGGUCGUCUAAGGACGAGGGGGGGAUUACAACCAACCCUCCGAAUACUCAACAGAGUUUGAACGCACCAAAUGAAUCUGCAGAUGAGUGGGAAGACAUCGCUCCUGCAUCCCGACCAACCGUCGCUCCUUCAAACAAAAAGAAUGAAGAAGCAGAAUCUGAAGAUAAAAGCCAGUCUACUAUUGAGCCCUCGAACCCUGGUCCUCAAACAGAGAUCCCACGUCCACCAAUUUCAAUCUAUCCGUGUCUCAUACUUGGCCUGGCCAUGAUUUCUAGAGGGGAAAUAGCAUUUCUAAUCGCCUCGGUUGCUUCUGCAAAUGGUAUUUUUCAAAAUCCUACCACCACUAGGGAUUUGGAAGCUAGAGCGGACACAACAAUUGGAGAAGCUGAUGGGGAUAUCUUUUUGAUUGUGAUUUGGGCGGCUAUGCUGUGUACGAUUCUGGGACCUCUCGGGGUUGGCUUGCUUGUUAGGAGGGUCAAGAGGCUGGAGGGACUUAGGGAGGGAACUAAAUAUAAUGGCCAGGGAGUUUUGGGAGUUUGGAGUGUCAUUGCUAAACAAGGCUGA